GGCUGACAGACCGCGCUUUUAGUUCAACAGGGUGAACUAACGGACAGAGAAAUCACCACAGAGAGAGACUAAUGGGAAAUACUUGGACUUAGACACUGGAGGCACCGAGGGACACUGAAGGGUUUAGCGAGGUGUCCAAGUGGCUGACAGAGAAGAGCUGAAGAGUUGGUCAUCUUUAUGUUCACACUCCAAAUAUCACAUUGAUAUCACAAAAACAGACCAAAGACUUUUUUCUCCAACACAAACCCUUAGAGAAAGAACAUCAAAUCAGUGUGUUCAGUGACUCCCUCAGCAAGACAUCAUCAUUGAUCAUCAUCAACUCUCAUACUUAAGUGAGUACAGUGCAUUAGAAGAGCUUCCUCUAAUCAACUUGGAUCAUAUUGGAAUUUAAACAAUUUGUCCAAUGCUCACCUGCAGGACAAAUCCAGCUUUGGAUGUAUGUCCCUCUCCAACCUGGACAUAACCAGCCUUUUGAACAUUUUAUUUCCUUUUUAACAACGAUACUCCCUGAUGAUCACAAGGGAAUAUGUCACUCUGUUUCUGGUGGGCUCCUGUUUCCUGUUGGACUACAGCAUCCAGGUCCCCCUACAGGCUCAGUUCCAGAGCAGGACUAAGGCUGAAGGAAUGUCAGCCCAGGGACAGACUGGAGGUAUGACAGCAAAGGCAUCAUUGGAGCAAGUCACAUCAUUGGAGGGCAGGACAAGGCUAAGGAGACAUAGGUUGAAAAUCCAGCGUGUUAAAAGAGGUUGGGUUUGGAACCAGUUCUUCGUCCUUGAGGAGUACAUGGGAUCUGAUCCUCAGUAUGUUGGAAAGCUCCACACAGACAUGGACCAUGGAGACAAUGCGGUCAAGUACACCCUGUCAGGAGAAGGAGCUGGGUCCAUCUUCACCAUUGAUCAAAUUACAGGAGAUAUACAUGCACUGGUGGGGCUUGACAGGGAAGAAAAGUCCUUCUACACCCUGAGGGCCCAGGCUGUUGACAUGCACACGGGUGUCCCUCUGGAGCCAGAGUCUGAGUUCAUCAUCAAGGUGCAGGAUAUCAAUGACAACGAGCCAAGAUUUACUGAUGGUCCCUACAGUGCCAAUGUCUCUGAGAUGUCUCCGACAGGAACCUAUGUGACCCAGGUGACUGCUACAGAUGCAGAUGACCCCACUUAUGGCAACAGCGCACGUAUCGUAUACAGCAUCCUUCAUGGUCAGCCAUACUUCUCUGUGGACCCCAAGACAGGGGUGAUCCGGACAGCUCUAUCAAACAUGGAUCGUGAGGUAAAAGGGGAGUACCAGGUUCUUCUCCAGGCCAAGGACAUGGGAGGUCAGUUGGGGGGGCUUGCCUCCACCACCACCAUCAACAUCACCCUCAGCGACGUCAAUGACAACCCGCCGCGCUUCGCGAAGAGUAUUUUCCAUCUGCGGGUGCCAGAGUCGGCUUCAGUUGGCUCAGCUGUGGGUCGGAUUCAAGCCCAUGAUCUAGAUGCUGGCAGCAAUGCAGAAGUGGAUUAUGCCAUUGUUCCAGGAGAUGAGGGCAACAUGUUUGACAUCUUCUCUGAUGGCAAAAGUCAAGAUGGAGUUGUAGUCUUAAAAAAGACUCUUGACUAUGAGACAAAGAAGUCCUACACCUUCAAGGUUGAGGCAUCAAACACACAGCUGGACCCCCGUUUCCUUCAUCUUGGGCCCUUCAAGGACUCAGCAACAGUCAAGGUGAAUGUCCUGGACAUCGAUGAGCCUCCUGUCUUCACCAAGCCCUCCUACUCUAUGGAAGUGUACGAGGACACUCCUCCAGGAACCAUCAUUGGCUCUGUGACGGCUCACGACCUGGAUGCCACCAGCAGUGCUGUCAGAUAUUCGUUGGAAUGGCACACAGAGUCAGACAGCUGUUUUGAUAUUGACACGGUUGAGGGAACCAUUUCCACUAAUGAUUAUCUGGACAGAGAGAAGGCUGUUCAGCACGAUAUCAUUGUGGUGGCAACUAAAGUCAACAAACCUCUCCUGUCUACCAAAGUGUCUGUGACAGUCAACGUGCUGGAUGUGAAUGAGUUCCCCCCUCAGCUGACCGUUCCUUCAGAUACAUUCGUCUGUGAAAACUCCAGAGUCGGACAGGUGAUCCAGACAGUCAGCGCUGUGGACAAAGACCUUCCUCCUGUUGGACAGAGGUUCUUCUUUAAGUCCCCAAAAGAGCUCCGAAAUAGAAACUUCACUGUUCGAGAUUUUGGAAACAACACAGCUGGCAUUGUGACUCGACGCUCGGGCUUUCAGCAGCGAGUGCAGGAUGUUUAUGUACUUCCGGUCGUGGUUGAAGACAGUGGUUACCCUGCCCAGAGCAGCACAACCACCCUCACUAUACGAGUGUGUUCCUGUGAGGCUGGAGGCUCACUACUCACCUGCUCAGCUGAGGCCAUCUUCCUGCCUGUGGGCCUUAGCACUGGAGCGCUGAUGGCUAUUCUGCUAUGUGUCACUCUGUUGAUUGUUAUGGCAGGAUUAUACAUGAGCCAGAGGCACAACAAAGAGAAAGAGACUCUGAUGACUUCAAAAGAGGACAUCCGGGAUAAUGUCAUUCACUAUGACGAUGAGGGAGGCGGAGAGGCAGACACUCGUGCCUUUGACAUGGGCACUCUGCGCAACACACACUCACAACGCACCAGCACUCACAGCAACUCCUCCAUAAAGGAAAAAAAUGGCUACGGAGAUGGAGUUCUGCUGCACCUCAGCAGUCGCUCUGACGACAUCAGGACACCUGACAUCCACUGUCAAACGGCCAGUGUCAUUGCUGCCAUGAACAAGGCCCCACUGUCUUACCGUGGCCGAGUGACGGAGGGUGACACUGAACUGAUCAAGGAGUUCAUCCAACAGAGAUUGGAGGACAGUCAGCAGGGUUAUGCCGCCCCUCCCUAUGAUUCACUGGCGACCUACGCCUAUGAGGGUGAGGGCUCGGUGGCUGGCUCGCUCAGCUCCAUCGAGGAAACGUGGGUAAUUGACGAUACAGGAGACUUCAGCUCGCUUGGUGACUGGGGACAGCCGUUCAAAACACUGGCUAGUAUCCUAGACAGACCGCCGCCUACUCUGACUGAGGAGAGCUGAAAGGAAAUUGCACAGCAGAGAAAAUUUGGGUGGCCAUGUGGGAAUAAGCAUUCUUUUCUAGUAAUGUUUUUUUACUAUGGCAGGCACUGGCUAGAAUGAUGUGAGGGCUUUUUAGAAAACUGUCCAUGUAAGAAUAGUUGUCGACUGGUUACCUAGAGAGCUGAGAAUUUAGUUACAGUCGUGAGAAAAGGUCAACUUGAUAGCUCCUCAAAGUGCCUGAGGUACUAUAUGUAUGUUUACAUGUAUUUUAAUUCAUGAAACUUAAUAAAAAAAUAUCUUCAACUAA